CAAAAAUCUCAUAAAAUUGUUUUUGCAGUUCCAGCGACAGCGAAGUGACGUGCGAGUGAGUAAAGCAUUUUUAUCAUUUUCCUACCUUAUUGGAUGAUAAAAAUCUGGAGUUUGCGUCUGUGAAGAGUCAAGAGGAAUAACCACUUAAAAAAUUCGACAAUUCAUUUAAUUACUUCGAUAAUUUAGUUAUCAAAGAACUUUAUAUAUGUUCAGUGCGUCCGUUUUACUUCGCUGUAGUGCCAAUUUGUGUAGAAAACCGCCAGCCAAUUACCUCCUCCGCCCAACGCAAUUAUUAUUCAAAUCCAGUGGCAGUGCUUCACGUAAUCAAAUUGAUUUUCCAUCAAUAAUACACCACCAACAAAAAGCAAACCUAACAACCAUGUCGUCCGCCGAAGAGAAACCAAAAAUUGUUUUUGUUCUUGGCGGUCCAGGCGCUGGCAAAGGUACACAAUGUCAACGAAUUGUGGAUAAAUUUGGUUUUGUCCACCUUUCUGCUGGCGAUUUACUGCGUGAAGAACGCAUGCGAGAUGGGUCCGAAGUCGGAGCACUCAUUCAAGAUUACAUCAAAAAUGGUAAAAUUGUUCCUGUUGAGAUAACAUGCUCGCUCAUCGAGAAAGCCAUGAAAAGUUCAGACAAAAAUAAGUUCCUUAUCGAUGGCUUCCCAAGAAACCAGGACAAUCUGGACGGCUGGAACGCCAAAAUGUCCGAUAAAGUCGACUUCCAAUUUGUUUUGUUCUUCAAGUGCUCCGAGGAUGUGUGUAUCCAACGUUGUCUGAAACGUGGUGAGUCCAGCGGACGUGCCGAUGAUAAUUUAGAGAGUCUAAAGAAACGAAUCGAAACCUAUGUUGGUGAUUCGCUGCCCAUCAUCCAGCACUACGAGAAGCUAGGAAAGGUGAAGACCAUCGACGCUAGUCCUGAUGCCGAUGUAGUUUUCCAGGAAGUCGAAAAAGUCAUUUCUUAAUUGUAAGGACGCAGAAUCCUUUUAACCAAAAACAAAAAAAAAAAAAAAACAAAAUUCAUACUUCAAACGUAUGCCUGAGUAGAUAAAGCAAAUUAUGUAGGUAUAAAAUAUUGUAGAAGCAUUUCAUUCCGCCGCCGCCGCCUCCGUGUUAACUUGUCAAUGAGGGCGUUGAUAAGAGACGAUAAAUCAUCGUCAGGAAUAACAAAAAAAAAAAAAAAAAAAUAUUAUUAAGUAAAUUAAAGUUCAGUCACUUAAAGGUGAAUUAAAUGCUGAUUGUAGAUUUAAACAAAAAAGAAAUAGUAAGUUUUAAAAUGCAAAUGUUCAAAAAAUGUGAACGAAAUUCGAAAAAUUAAAUCAAUUAAAAAUUAAUAUACAUAUAUUAAUCA